AUGUUCCCCGAUGAGCUCAAGGGACUGACGCCGGUCGAAGAGAAGCUCAUCUCGCUGAACUCAUGUUACGGGAGCUGGCCACCAAAGUGCUCCCGCACCCCUUUGCAAGCACUGGACGAGAUCCACAUCUCGUGGCAGGGCGCGGAGAAGCCGGCACCGAGCGACCUGUCGAGUCUCUUGUCGGUGAGGCGGCGGGUGGUCGAGAGGGCCCUUGUCUGGCUGAAGCGGAACAACCCCCACUACGCCGAGAUCGAGAUCGACGCGGCGGAGAUGGAGAGCUGGGGAGACUCGAUACACGGGGUACCGUCGUCGGUGUGCGAUCGUAUGGAGCGGAACGAGCCGUCUGGGUGGGAAAGCGCGGACGGCGCACGUUGUGCCGCCCACGGAACGCGCCGUGGACGAGGAGGGCCGGUGGAGAUCGAGGAGCUCUUCGCCCUGCUCAACCAAGGACAAGAAGCCGGCGGCCAGGGUGAAGGUCACGGGCCCAACGGAGAAGGCGCGGUUCGCGAUGGAAGUGACGCCUGCCCCGACCAGAACGUUCCAGCGAUCAACGAGGUGACGUCUUCUGGCAUGUUCGCGCUCGACGGACCGCCAGACGUCGCGGACGUGGAGAAGCUGCAGUUUGCCUGUGACGCUGUUGGUGAAGGUGCCGACGACGGCCGUGCGGGCCCGAGAGCGUGGGUCGGGUCCCUAGCCGGGGGGGUUCGGGGGCGUGGCGACGGUGGUUGUGAGCCAUACAUCCGGGUUUCGCGGGGUGAGUUUACCGAUUCCUUUGAGGCGUCCUUCUUUGCCAGGACGUUCCCGACCCUGUUCCCAUUUGGCGUUGGGGGACCAAGGCUGGUUGAAGAGACCAUGGUCGACGCGGGGAAGGUCACGGCCAACUUGCGAGGCAGGGCUGUCGAGGCGUGGGCCGAGAUCGUGCUCCGGCGCCAUGGUGGUCGAUUUGCACUGCACCACAUCUUCGCAUUUCUCGUCUUAACAUGGGGUGCGGUCGAGGAACCGCCGGGUCAGCAUGUUGAGUGUGGGAGGAAGAACUUCCGCAAGGUAGAGCGCAUCUCGCUCAUCGUCGGAUAUGGCGUGCCGGCCAUCUGGUUCACCAUCAACCCGAACGACAUUACGAACCCGGUGAAGCUGCGACUGGCGGCAUACCGCACACGCGAUCCCGACGCGGCCGAGGAGUUCUUAGAAGGCCUUGGGGAUGCGUAUAAGCGGGCACGGCUGGCGAUAUCGGAUCCCAUGAGCUCGGCCGUGUUCUUCCACCGCGAGAUGAAGCUGUUCUUCGAUCAUUACGUGAAGCGUCUUCUCAGAGGAUCUGGACCAGGAAAGUUUUGCGCCGUGCAAGCGGAGCGAUCUGUGACGGGCGGUAUUGGUUCCCUGCUGGACAACGCCGCGCAGUUCUCGGCCGCGUUUAUCGAGGAGGCCAACUUCUGUGCCGGCGCGACGCAGGUGCACACGCAUAGCCCGACCUGUGUGAAGUAUUCCUUGGGCAAAGGAGGGCGGAAAGGGGACCUCUGCCGGUUCAAGGCGCCAUGGAGGUUAGUCGACAAGACCGCCCUCACGGCAGACGGGGUGCUGCAGAUCCGGAGGACACACAGCAUGGUCAAUCGAUGGAACGAGGCUAUUGCUGUCGGGCUCCGGCACAACCAUGAUAUUUCCUUCAUUGCGACGCAGCGCAAGACAAUGGCCCUCAUCUAUUAUGUCACGAACUACGCGACCAAGGUGGAGGACCCGGUGUGGAAGCGUGUGGCGGCCGCGGCCGAGCUCCUGGCCGCCUCAACAGGUGAUGGCACGGCCAACGGAGGGCGGGACGGUGGCGGAGACGCUGCCACCGAUGACCCUGUCAAGGGAACAGGACGCGACAGUUCCUGA